AAUUACAAUCAAAGAAAGUCCAGAUUAAGCCUUCCCUGCCCUCUUUGUCACCAUUUCCUCUUGUCUAUAUUAUGGUGAUAAGUUUCACUUCCGGUCCUCGCGCAUGGUACCGUGUUUAAGAGAUACGUGUUGUAGUUUGCGAUCUCUCUGUGUGAAUGUGUAUGUGUGACUCGUGUAGACUAGUUGCAGCGUCACACACAUCAUGACUGGUUAAAUAUGACCAGCCACUCAAGCAACCAAACCAAACACUCCCGGAUACAGACACAAUACGAUUUUAGUUUAUUGUCUCUAGCAAUCAUCUGAUGAUGGAUGGCCAGAAUUCGGAAAGUCCCCGCAUGGCGGAUACAGAGGACACGGGACAAUACGGCGCGGAACAACCAGCCCUCGAACAGGGCAGCUUUGACGAGGAUCUCAACUGUUCUAUGGUGUAUUCCGUAAAGGAGAAUUCCACUGUGAAAUCCGAGCCACAGUUAUCGUCCGUGGAUGUGUGGUCACCUUACCCGCCGACGGCCAACGCAGUGGAGGGUGGGGAGCUGUCGGCCACCCUGCCGAUGAGUUUGAAGUCCGCCUUUGACUUACCUUCCUUCUCAGAGUCCAGCAUCAACACGUACACUAACAUGCACCACAACCAGGGGCGGUCGUAUACGAUCGACCCCAUGAUGCCCCAGCCCGUGGGGUCAGACGACCUGACGUCAUACAACCCACCACCCCUACUGGGUCCGGAUUCGGGUGUGGUGAACGUGUACCCAGUGAUGAGAGCGAAACACGAGAGUGAACACAGCAGUGUUGUGACCAGCAGGGCCAAGGAACCGGACAUUGAGCACGCGAACGGAGCGGCAAGGAAAGUAAUCGUCCCGGCCGAUGUUUCCUUGUGGAGUCAUCACAACGUGCAAGAGUGGAUAAACUGGGCGGUCAAGGAAUAUAAUCUUCGUGACGUGGACGGGUCGAAAUUCAUGCAUCUGGACGGACGACAACUCUGCCGAAUGGGCAGAGAGGAUUUCUGCCGUCUAGUGUCGCCUAGCAAUGCCAACACACUUUCUACGCAUCUGGAAUAUUUGAGGAAAGGCACAGUUGCUACCAGACAAAUGCACGACGUCAUCGAUGACCGCAGACAAAGUGUGUCUUCAACCACGGUCUCCUACGCCCACAACAACGGCGCUACGAUGUAUGGACCUCCAAAACUAGAUGCUGCCUUCGCUAAGUCAACAUGGUCGCCACAGUCGAGCCCGGCAGCCCAAGGUUACUCACAUCAUUCACUUCCUGGUAUGAAAUCUAACUUCGACACUGCGCAUGCUCAAUGGAGAACACAAGUGACGGAUCCGUACCAGCUCUUCAGUCCCAUGGCGAGUCGGUUGUCAAGUUCAGGAAGUGGACAAAUCCAGCUGUGGCAGUUUCUGUUAGAACUCCUCUCCGAUAGCGGCAACGCCAGCUGUAUCACGUGGGAAGGAAUGAACGGGGAGUUCAAACUGGUGGACCCUGACGAGGUGGCACGGCGGUGGGGGGAGAGGAAGAGCAAACCCAACAUGAACUACGACAAACUGAGUCGCGCUCUGCGCUACUACUACGACAAGAACAUCAUGACCAAAGUGCACGGCAAGCGCUAUGCCUACAAAUAUGACUUUGGCGGCCUCGCCCAGUGCUUGCAGCAGACGACAAACGACACGUCUGCUUUCAAGUACCAGCAGGACAUGUUCGUGCCAGGCUACAGCGCCCCCAAGUUCAUGCCCCCGCCUGUCCCCAUCCCCAACUCCUCAUCAGGACUGUUCAGCGCCAACCCAUACAACUGGUCCUCACCUAACCCUAAUCUCUUUACUGGCAUUUCCGGCCACGUGAUGCCUCAUCAUCCAAGUCAUCUUCCAUCUCAUUUGGGGUCGUACUAUGCUUAGAUUCUGUGUCUCCUGUGAACAAUUAUAUAUGGAUUUUGUUCGUAUCGAACUAAGAACAGAGCCAGACAUGUUGGAACAGACCUAGGGCUGUCCAUGCAGAUAUAUACGUGUUACGUACUCAUUAUGUUCGUACAGACUAUCACAUGUGUGGAUUCUACAGACUAUAACAUGUUUGGAUAUACUCAGAUACGUUCGUACAGACUAACAUGUUUGGACAUAUAUUGAAAUAUGUUCGUACAGACUAUAACAUUUGGACAUACUUAAAUAUGUUCGUAAAUAUUAUAACAUGUUUGGCCAUAUUCAGAUAUGUUCGUACAGAUUAUAACAUGUUUAUAAAUACUCAGAAAUGUUCGUACAUACCAUGACAUGAUUGGACAUACUCAGUGUUUGUACACACAAUAACAUGUUUAAACAUACUCAAAUAUGUUCGAAUCGACAUCGUAUUUGUACAGUCAACUAUGUUCGUACAAACUAUAACAUGUUUCUACAUACUCAGUGUUCGAACAGAUUAUAUCAUGUUUGUACCUACUCAGACAUGUUCGUACAGGUUAUGCAGACAUGCUAGAACAUACCUAUGGGACAUUACAGGUCUGUCGUUGUAUGAGCGAUGUACUCCUUAGAACAAGAAUACAGCUAGAUGUUAUGCUUAGUGUUGAGUAUGUUUGACAAUGUCAGGAAAAAUAUCAAUAUAGGCUGAGUUACCAAGAACACUUCUUUUGAUAGUGGUGUUUCUACAAAAGUAUUUUAAUUGCACUAUUGGCAUUUCAUAAACCAUGUGCUCGUUCACGGAACUAAACAUAUUCGUCAUCAGACGAAAAUCUAUUAGCAAAUAUCAAAACAAGACUGAGUUAUGAAAAACAAAUUUAAAAUUUAGACGAAGAGGAAGUUAAAAAGGGCAAGAUUGAGUUUGUCGAAAGCAAAUGAUCUGACCCUUCCAAAGGGAGCAAUAUCUGUAAGGGGUUUUGGGACAAAUAUCCCUGAAAAAAUAAAAUAAAGAUGUUUGGAGAUGUAUUUUCAAAGCUACUUAGUGUUGUAUAUUGUGAAUAAUGAACGGUUUUUUAAAUUUAUUAAAAGUCAUUAAGAGGGCACUUCAAAAGGGACCCAUGUGACUUUCGCCCGAUCCGUCAACCAUCGCGUUAUUUAAAAUAAGCGAAACGUCAAAAUAAAACACACAAAUGUGCUAGUUUUGUUUAUUUAACAGAACAGAGAUACGUUUGUGAUAACAAGAACGCUAAUUAUCGAACAAUGAUAUCACUAUUAACACGUAUAAUUAGGUCGCAGUUGUCCAAAUGGUCACAUUUCAGCGAUUGGAGGUUGUAUUUCUGAACGCAAAUUAAACAAAGAUGUAUAAUAUUAUCUACUUGAGAAUUAUCAUAACAAAUCCUCCAGUUCUUACUAAUGACAUUUUCCACACAACAACUGCCACCAACAGGCUAUAUUGCGUCACGUGAUCAUUUCUAGAAGAAACGGUGGUGAUGAUGUCACAGUUCUGUUUUUAGCAACUUUGUCCAGUUCAAUCUAAAGGAAUAUAUGAACAAUAGGUUUAGAAGGGUAAGGUGCCAUUGCCUUGCAUUUUAACAUUAAGAGACAGAGAGAGAGAGAGAGAGAGAGAGAGAGAGAGAGAGAGAGAGAGAGAGAGAGAGAGAGAGAGAGAGAGAGAGAGAGAGAGAGAGAGAGAGAGAGAGGGCGAGAGCGCGCGAGAAUAUGAGACAGAGGGACAGAUAUAGAGAGUAAGACAGAAAAUAGAUGGAGAGGAAGAGAUCAUUGACAUAAUCACAUCCGUAACAGAAUUGAAAUUCUCACGAGUAAACGAACGUGUAUUAAGGUACAUGAUUCGUACUGUACAAACAUCAAAAACCGAGUGGUUUUCUUUCGUUUUCUACAAGAAAGAAUGUACAUACAGUCGUACCCGUGUAGAAUUGUAAAGAAAUGCAGACUAUUAGGACAGGUGGCUGAUUAGUGAAGAAAAUAAAUAUAAGCUAUCAUGGCCAUUUUUUAAACUACAGUUUACAUUUAUCGUUGGUUUGACAAAGAAACCAGUCAAAAUGUAGACAGAAAAUUCAAAAGAUGUUGGUUAAUAACGUCACGGUGUCAGUGAAGUGGCGUGGAGUUCUUGAGCGUUAUAUAAUUUUUGAACGGGUACUUUAUCGUCUAAAAAAGAGGGAAACGUUUUAUUGGGGAAAGAAAUACAUAAAUGGCCACAGUUCGCAAUUUUAUUAAACGACCUAUUCAUUGUACCAUUUAAAAAAAACAUCAAGCAAAUAGCUGUUAUAUUAAUUUUGUCUGUCAAAAUAUGUGAUGGAAGCUGUUCAGUAUAGAUUAAUGUCAUUUUGCGUUUUUGUGUUAUAUGUACUGAUGGAAGUAUUUAUGCUCUGUCCACGUACGUCAUGUCUAAAUGUGAGCGGGACGCAGUAUAAUAACGCUUUUUACGACGUCCCUGCGCAGGAAAUGAUGUAAUAAACAAAACUGAAUCAAA